AUGUGGAAAGUGAUCUGCAAAACAGAGCCUCAGUACACAGUAGAACAGCUGACGACGGAACUAGGGGUUUGUAUCAGCUCACAUCUUACCUUGGAAAAACCACAAGAUCUUCGUUCGAGUACUUGGAACGCAGAGAAUAGAGGAGAAUGUUCUGGGAAGGGCAACUCACAAGCUCACGAGGCUUCCAGGGAUUAUACGCAUGGACACCAGACAGAGGCGGAUUUCCUGUCCGGCUCCCCGGGAGUAGUGUUUGGACAUUUCUGUCAAGAGAGGAUAUCGGGAGACAGGCAACAAAUGCCCUCUAUAGUGAGAGGCUAG